AUGGCCAUUGACGUGAAUUCUGCAUUGAAAACCUCGAUUAAACAAAUAUUCUGUGGUACCAAUCAUGAGCAAACGGAUUUGGCAAACAAGGUCAUUGAACAGCGCUACAACAAACGCAUUGCAAACUAUGAUGAACUUGAAUCAUUGGUAUCAGAAUGGGGUGGAAAGUUGGACGAGUCGGCUCAUGCAAGAAUCAAGUUUUAA